AUGCUGAAACUCGCCUUUAGGUUCAGUAGAUCUGCUGCUGUUGCUGCUUCUGCCACAUUGAUAAUGUCUAACUUCAGGUUUAUCGAUAUAGGUAUUAACCUCACUGAUCCCAUGUUCAGAGGAGUCUACAGGGGGAAUCAGAAACAUGAAGAUGAUUUUCAUCAGAUUGUUGAACGAGCUCUGAAAGUUGGUGUUGAAAAGUUCAUGAUCACUGGAGGAAACCUGGAGGACAGCACAGAAGCUCUGAAACUGGCCAACACCAGAGAGGAGUUCUUCAGCACUGUUGGCUGCCAUCCUACUCGCUGUGCUGAGUUUGAGCAGAAGGGGGCAGAGCAGUACUUCAGUCAACUCAGAGAGCUGGCCCUCAACAACAGGGGGAAAGUGGUGGCUGUCGGGGAGUGUGGCCUGGACUUUGACAGGUUGGAAUUCUGUCCAAAGGAGACACAGCUGAAGUAUUUUGAGAAGCAGUUUGAUUUGGCUGAAGAGACCAAACUGCCCAUGUUCCUUCACUGCAGAAACUCACACACAGAGUUCCUGGACAUAAUGAAAAGAAACAGAGACAGAUGUGUAGGUGGAGUGGUUCACUCCUUUGACGGGACCAAAGAGGACGCUGCUGCUCUUAUAGAUCUGGAUCUUUAUAUUGGCAUCAAUGGCUGCUCUUUGAAGACAGAGGCAAAUCUCGAGGCCAUGAAAUCAAUUCCCACAGAGAGACUGAUGAUAGAGACAGACGCUCCAUGGUGUGGCAUCAAAAACACUCACGCUGGAUCCAAGCUUGUAAAAACUACAUUUCCCACCAAGAAGAAAUGGGAAUCAGGUCACUGUCUGAAGGACAGGAAUGAACCCUGUCAUAUCAUACAAGUGCUGGAGGUGAUGGCAGCGGUGAGGAACGAGGACCCUGUGGAGAUGGCCAACACAAUCUAUCAGAACACACUGAAAGUGUUCUUCACUGGAAGCUGAUAUUACAGAAAGACUGGAUCUAGUGUGACUCUAUAACAGUAUAAAAUGGAACAUAUUUUAAUAAAUAAGUGAAGAAAA